AUGCUAAAGACCUGCAGCUAUUUGCCUUGUACAAUUUGCUCAUUUCUCUUUAUUUCUCUGUUUUCCUGCACUGUUCACUUAAAGGACAAUCUCUCUAGCAAACAAAAUCCCCGGAGCCUGAUUAGAGGGACUGAAGGCUCCCAGACACGGAUUGCCUGCCAGCCACAGCACGGCGGAGCGGGCCCGGCAGGAGGCGGAGCGGACCGCCGCACGUCCCCCGGCCGGUCGGCCGGCCCCCCCGCCAUGGGUCGGAAGCGCUGCGUGGGGGGAGACGGCUCCAAGAUGGCGGCGGGUUGCUGCGGGGUGAAGAAGCAGAAACUCUCCAGUUCCCCUCCCUCGGGCUCGGCCGGCGCGGGAGGCGGCGGCAACGGCUCCCACUGCGGCGGGGCGGCGGCGGCGGGGGGCGAGCCGGGGACGUUGCCCCCGUCAGGGGGCCCGCGCCUCAACGGCCUUGGGGCGCUGGCGGGGGGCGCCGCCGGCUGCGCUCUCUCCUCGCCGCUGCCGCCCAGCUGCGGCGGGGGCUCCGCCGGCCUCUCCCCACCGGCCGCCGCCUCGCUGCUCUCCUCCCCCGGCGCCGGCUCUGGCGGGCCCGGCUGCAGGAAGAUGGUGGUGUCGGCCGAGAUGUGCUGCUUCUGCUUCGAUGUGCUCUACUGUCACCUGUACGGCUACCAGCCCCCGCGGAGCCCCCGCUUCACCAACGACCCCUAUCCAUUGUUUGUAACGUGGAAGAUCGGUCGAGAUAAACGAUUGCGUGGAUGCAUAGGUACUUUUUCCGCCAUGAACCUGCAUUCAGGACUCAGGGAGUACACACUUACUAGUGCCCUUAAAGAUAGUCGUUUCCCCCCAAUGACGAGGGAUGAGCUGCCACGGCUUUUCUGCUCAGUGUCUCUACUCACUAACUUUGAAGAUGUAUGUGACUACAUGGACUGGGAGGUGGGUGUACAUGGCAUUAGAAUAGAAUUCAUCAAUGAAAAAGGAUCAAAACGCACCGCCACCUACUUACCGGAGGUUGCAAAGGAGCAAGGAUGGGACCACAUUCAAACCAUAGAUUCCUUAUUGAGGAAAGGAGGCUACAAAGCUCUGAUUACUAAUGAAUUCAGGAAAACAAUAAAGCUAACCAGGUACCGUAGUGAGAAGAUGACAAUGAGCUACACAGAGUACCUUGCCCAUCGUCAGCAUCAUCACUUCCAAAAUGGUAUUGGGCACCCCCUUCCACCAUACAACCAUUAUUCCUGACACUGAGCCGCAUGACCAGUCACUGGACCUCUCUGCAGACCUCUUCCCAGGAGACCCUGCCCCUUCUUGGUCUAGCUAUCUCUAUUACUGUACCAUUUUAUGAUGAUAGUUUCCGUUGCCAUGUUGAGGCUUCUUGGUUAGGCUCAUCAUGGCAACGGGUGGGGAAACUACAUUAUUACAAAGAUCCCAUACUUUUUUAUUAUUGAGUCACUGCAGAUUUUUUUGCAGCAUAUAGAGCCCUUGGGGUUUUUUAUGGAAUUUAAAAUUUCUACUUCAUUAACAUUGAAUUAUAUCAGUCAAGGCUUUCUGUAACUGUGGAUGGAAGGAAGAGUUUAAGGGUUACAGUUAGGGAUUCUUUGCUUUGCAAAUAGGCAUUCCUGGCUUUUGCAUUACUAGGUGUGACAGGGAAUGAAACAUAUCAGAUUCAGGUAUUACUCUAGACAAUGAACUGCAUUUUCAUAACGUUCAUUAACAAUGUUGUGUGUACAGUGUCUCACCCUCAUGGUAAAGAUUUCAUGUAGCUAUGUACCUGAUCUUCAGAUCCAGCAUAUGCAGCCCAAAUGUCAAGGCUGACACACAAAAUGCUUUUUGGGAUGAAGAAAAGCAAUUACAUGUACAAUGAGAGGUGAUGUUAACAUUGAAGCCUUUUCAGAAUCCAGUGGUCUAAUUGAUAGGGCAUGACCUAAUACAGUGGGCUACCAGGUAGCUUUGUCUCCCAUGCUGUGCUGGGAAUCGAGGGCGAUCCAGCUCUGUCAAGACUCGUCAUAAAAAUACGUUUGUAAUGAAAUGAUGCCUUUCUGAUGAUCUCAUAGUAGAAGUGACAUUUGUUUUUACAAGCAGGUUGGUGAGUAGCAGAUGUCAUAUUAGGAAGAAUAUGGAUUUAGAUUUUAGUGCCUUUGACUAUGACAUAACUAUAUACUUUAUAUAUAAGAUUCAUAGAGAAGAAUAUAGCAAAUCUGCCAGACAUUCUAGCAAACUAUAUUGAGUCUGCUCUGGCAUCAGGUUUGGGGGGAUUUUUUUAAAGUGAUUUUUUUUUUUUCUUCUUAUAGCAAACCUGGUUUGGAAAAAGAAAUAUCCCUGGUUUGUUCUUUCUUCUGCUUUUGAACUUGUUGAGUUUUAUCAAGUCAUGAAUAGCUAGAUAAUGGUAAUGGUCAUUUUUAAAAAGACUGUUGUAAAAGAGCACAGGACAAGUAUGCCAUAAUUUCACAUUUUCAUCUAUUACAGAAACAGUACUUGAGAGCUCUAAGUACUGUAUAAUAAUUCUGAUACCCCUCCACAUAGUAGAAGAAAAAAAAAAUGAUUGGAACUUUAUCCUGCUGUAAAAACAGGAUUUAGUAAAAGGUAUGUGUGGUAUAUUUGCAAGCCCCAGCUCCUUGCUUAUGUGCCUGCAGAACUCCCACUGAUACCUGCUAUAGUUCAUUGCAUAUUCUAGGGGACAAUACAUGCCAUUUUUACAGAAAAGACCUUCCUAAUAGGAGUGAGUAAUCCACAGGAAGCAGAAAUCCCAGUGAUUUUAAGUAAUGAAUGUUUGUAAAUAGAUGGAUAUUUACAAUUCAGAUAGGUAAGAUCAUUUAAAAUUCAGUUGUUUAAAAAAAAAACCCUAAUUGUAACAAUAUUUCAGUAAGGUUUCAAAACCCCAGACACGGAUAAACUAUGUUCAUCCCUUAUGUGAGAUUAGCUUUGCUACUUAAUGUCUAUGGAGGUUCUUGUGGAAGGUCUUUGGUAUUCCUUCAUCCACAGCAUUUGAUGUCCAAAUAUAACAUUUUCAGUUGUGAUGCCUUAAUUUACAAGCAGAGGGCCUGAAGGUUCAGGAGCCAUGAGAUGCCAGCCAGAAACUGCAACAAUUAAUAGAUGUUUAUACAGAGGCUAUUUUGGAUGAUACCGUUGUCUUGUUUCUACUUGGGGAACAUUUUAAAAUGGAUUAGUCUUCAAGUGGAAAUAGCGAACAAGUGGCUACCUGACAGAGUUGUGUUGGUUUCUUUUCUUGCCCUUAUAGGGAAACUGAGCACAAACUGAAUCAUUCUGCUGCAAAAAAAAA